UUCCCUCUUCCCGUCUCCGCCGGGCGCAUCGGCGGCGGUGGGCAGAGCUUCCUGGAGCAGCCGCGGCGAGAUCCGGUCAGCGGCGUCUAUGGAGAUGGAGAGCUGGGGCUCCCGGGCGCCGGGGCUGCAGCCCGCCUAGGCGGAGGGAGGCCGGCCGAGUCCCCGGGAGGAGCGCGCUCCGGAGAGGCCGCUUGCGCAAAGGGGGAGCCGGCAGCGCUGGCGGGAUUCUCCCGCGGCAGUUCCUCCCUUUUCUUUUCCCUUCCUCUCCCCUCCUUGCAAAAGGCGACGGAGCCCCGCAGGUACUGGCCCCAAGCCUAGUUUAAUGCGUCUGCAGCAGGAGAGAGAGCCAGCCUGCAAAAGGCGACCGUCCCGGAUUUUGGCAAAAUGAUGUGUGUGUUUGUCUUUGGAACAUUUCCUCCUCCUGGGGGAAGAGAGAUGGUUGCCACGGAGCCAGUACAGGGACCACCAUUCUCCUUCGAAGAAGUGGCCGUGUAUUUCACAGAGGAGGAAUGGGCUCUCCUGGACGCAGAGCAAAGAGACCUUUACUGGGAUGUCAUGCAAGAGAAUUAUGAGAAUGUGGCGUCCUUGGCCGUUCCAAUUCCUAAACCCGAGUUGAUCUCCCGGCUGGAACGAGGGCAAGAGCCAUGGAUCUCCAACCCCCAGGCUGCGGAGGACAAAAAGGUCUCCAUCGGCUCCUGCCAAGGGAACGACGUUUAUUUGAAUUCUCCCUCCAUCCCGGCGAGCGAGGUGAUCGUGCGGGAGAUCAAAGAAGAGGUUCCCGAACGAGAAAUCUUGGACCGAGCGGAGCCCCAGUGGACUUUGUUGGGCUCUCCUCCGGGGCUCGACCCCCUGAACUCGGAGAGCCGCUGCGGGCUGCAGAGGCCAUGGGACAUGCCUCCGGGGACAGUGUGGCGGGAGCCGUCGCGGCACCUGCGGGCGGCGGGUUCGAAGCGCAGCAUGUUCCAUGUGGGGCGCAAGAAGCUGAUGUGCCCCGAAUGCGACCGGUGGUUCCACUGCAAGUCUGAGUUCCUGCUGCACUGGAGGACCCACACGGGCGAGAAGCCCUACGAAUGCCUGGCGUGCGGCAAGCGCUUUAUCCAGAGCUCCCACCUCAGCGCCCACCGGCGCAUCCACACAGGGGAGAAGCCCUACGAGUGCCCCAAGUGCGGGCGCAGCUUCAACCGCCGCUCCACCCUCACUGAGCACCUGCGCAUCCACACCGGGGAGAAGCCUUACAAGUGCCUGCAGUGUGGCGAGAGCUUCCGAUGGAGACCGUACCUCACCAAGCACCAGAGGGUUCACGUGGGCGGCGCCGUCUACAAAGGCCUGAGUGACGGGGAAGCCAUGUUUGAGAGCCCGCCCCCGGAGGAGCAGCAGGGAGGCCACCCGGAAGAUGACGCCGUGGGGAGUGCAAAUGUGGAGGCCUUUCCCCAGCACGCUGCCUCUGAGGAGGGGGCAGAACAGCAUGGAGGGGCCGGCCUUAACCCGGAAGUGGAAGGCCAGCCGCCCGAGAGGCCUAUAAAGACUGAAGUGGGAGGGAACGACGUCACGGACGUCAGCCAGAUCAAGAUCGUUCAGGUGGAGAAGAAGCAUGUUUGCCACGAGUGCGGCAAGGCCUUCCAGUACAAGUUUGAGCUGGUGAAGCACCACCGGACGCACACGGGGGAGAAGCCCUUCGAAUGCCUGGCGUGCGGCAAGAGGUUCUUCCAGAGCACCCACCUCAAUGCCCACCUGCGCAUCCACACGGGGGAGAAGCCCUACGAGUGCCCCAAGUGCGGGCGCAGCUUCAACCGCCGCUCCACCCUCACUGAGCACCUGCGCAUCCACACCGGGGAGAAGCCUUACAAGUGCCUGCAGUGCGGGGAGAGCUUCCGAUGGAGGCCGUACCUCACCAAGCACCAGAGGGUCCACUCGGGGGACAACGCCUACAAGUAUUUUGACGGCGGGGAGAGCCUCUACGACAGCUCGGCCUUCUCCGAGCACCAGGAGGAGAUCCACCCAGAAUAUUUGGUUUCUGCGCCCGACUCCAUCUCCCGCAUGGCACCUCGAGGAGAGCCAUGGGUGCAAGGCCCUCAGCGCUCUGAGGGGAGGCAGAGUCACCGAAGUGGCUCCGAAGGCGAAGGGGCAGCGGAGCCAUCGCGAGGGCAGUCCGAGGGGGAGGGUGAAGGCGUGGACUCUCCGAGGAGCCUCGCUGCCCCUCACGACAGGGCAGGAGCCAGCGACUCGUGCGAUAGCAUGACAACUGAACACCCAGAGGAGGAGACCCAGCGAAGAGGCCUUGAGCUAGAAGUCAACGAUGUGUCGCCAGACAGAUCCGAAGGAAACGUUUCCCUGAAGUCUCGAGCCGUCUCUGAUAGUAGUGGCCAUGGGUCUUUGGAACAGCUAACAGCAGAGUGGGAUGAAUCUGAUAGUCUAAAAUAAAAUCCUUCCAACCCCCGGCCUCAUCCUUGAAUGAUGAAACUGUCGGAAUGCGGAAAGAGCCUGCGUCUGUCCACUGGUGGGAUCUUCAAGUAAACUGUUCUGCCAGCAGCAAAAAGAGACACCCGGAGUUUAGUGAAUCUUGCAAACAAUUUCUUUUGGAAAGACUUGAAGACACAGCAGCGUUCUUAACUCCCCCCCCCCCCCCCGCUCCCUCCUCCAGUGUUAACCAGACACGCGCAUAGCCAACAUGUACGGAUUGCGGGGAAGGGUGGGGUUCUUUAACUGAAAUAUUAACAUUUGUCUUUUAUUUUAUUUUAUUUUAUUUUGUAUGGGUUAAUUCAUGCGCAUGUUUUAUGUUGCCACCCAGGAAUACGCUAAUGUUAUGAUCUGCGAUCUAGGGAAGGUCGUCAUUAUGUUCCCACAAGAGAGGUCAGUGAUUUAGAUUUCACAAGUGUGAACAUUUUUAAGGCUGAGAUUAUAUGCAUUUCACAAUUGCACUUGCACAAGGACACAAGCUGGUGCCAGGGCACCAAGUUCCGGCAUUCCUGAGAAACGGGGGCUUUUCAGGUUUCUAGCCCUUAAGCCUGUAAGGAUGGAGUUUUUGAAUCUGAAAAUCUAGAGCACUGAAUAGAGUUGCGAGCGGUUAGGAGGCAGGGUUUCGGUGUCCUGUAAAACUAACGGUGUAAGCAGAAACAAUUAUGCAAAAGAGGCAAAUAUGUAUAUAUAAAUAUGCAAAUGACUUUUCAUUUGCAUGCCAUGUCUAGGUCAAAGAAUUUAGCUACUUUUGCUGCAGAACAUUGAUUUAAUUAAGGGCAAAAAAUAUACAUCCUGACUAUGGGAAGCCAGUCAAGGUCAUAAAGUCUUGUUCCAAGUCUGUGACAGAUUUGUUUAGUGUUAGGGUUUCCCCUCUCCUUUUUUGCAGACACAGUCUCACAGUUACAUUUCACAGUAAACUCAUGUGUCAUGUGACUUUUCUCUUUUUGAGUGUGGAAUUGUCAACAUUUCUUUUGUGUGGAUGUGCUCCCCCAUGUGUCCGGAACUGAGAAUCCCUACUCGCUGGAGGACCAUUGGUUUUCAAUAAUUUCUCUGCAGAGUGGACAUUCUCUGAUGCCACCUCACGGCACAUUCUAGAAGAAAUGUUUGCCAACUAGAAUUGAUCACUUUGUGGUGAAUUUACCCUCUCAAAAGUGAAUGAGCAGGCGUGAAUAUCGGGCCCAGGGUACUUUGCAGCAGCAGACGAAGUGUAAUUAUUAUUAUUUUUAAUUGGGGGGAAAACCCUAACACUGAAUAAUAUAACUCAGCGACAGUUAUGAGGGGCUAACAUUUUAUUGAUUUUUGUUUUUUAUUGUUAGCUGUGUGUAUGCUUUAGAACUGGUUUAUAAAUAAGUCAGGACUGUAUUCAAGUACGGUAAGUCCUGCCUAGAGAAGACCCACUGAAAUUAAUUCAUCUAAGUCAUGUCUGUUGACUUCAGUGGGUCCUACUCAGAUUAGCAUUGAGGCCACCCUUAAUGUGUGGCUUCCUGCAUUUCUAAGCUGGCCCACAAAAAAUGCUGCCUUUUCAGAGUCUGUGGUCUGGAUCCUGCAUUAACUUGGAACUGAUGACAGACUUUUUGCAGCAGGAUUGUCAGUUGGUACAGUUCUGCAGUUCUGGAUCCCAGCCUUUGCACUGUAAAGAGUUACGUAUAUUCUUUUAUUAUUGUUGCUAUUAAUUGCUUUUUAACGAUGCCCUCUUCGUUUUGGAAGACUGACUUCGCCCUGCCUGCCCAGAUCUGAUAGUUUUUGGUGUUCAAAACAGCACAGGGAGGUGGCCAGUUGCUUAAUUUUAAUUUUAAACUGUAGGGCAAUUUUCCAUACAGAGUGCUGAAUUUUUAUUA